GUAAACAGGAGGGAGGCGACAGUGAGCGGGAGCGGGUAAAUCAGCGGCAGCAGCUGGAAAUGUAAUGUGAUAUAAUAAAGAUGCGUUUACAUCUUGCAGACAACUGAGCAGUGAGGAGCCAGACCCUUUACACUAGAUGUACACAGUCACGUGACGGCGAGGCGUGUCCUGAAAAAUCACUGAUACCUGAGUAUGGACAAGCACAGGAGUCACACGACUGAGAGGAUAGUAAAUAUCACCCUAGAGAUCAUCUACCUGCUGACUGGAGAGGAUUACAUAGUGGUGAAGAAGACAUCUGGUGAACAUGUGACACCCAGUAUCCGUCCCCAUGAGUCAAGAGGCCUGGGAAGGACCCAGUGCUCAUUCACGGUGCCUCCACCUCACUCACUGAUACAUAAGAGAGACCAUGAGAAGAAGAUCCUGGAACUCACCAACAAGAUCAUUCAGCUGCUGACUGGAGAGGUUCCUAUAAGGUGUCAGGAUGUCACUGUCUAUCUCUCCAUGGAGGAGUGGGAGUAUAUAGAGAAACACAAAGACCUGUACAAGGAUGUGAUGAUGGAGAAUCACCGGACCCUCACAUCACUGGAUGGACCCAGUAUCAGAGAUACCGCAGAGAGAUGUCCCUGUUGUCUUUAUUCCCAGGACUGUACAGUGGUGAAUCACAGGACUCCACAGAAGGAUCAGUGUGAAGAUCUGACUGAUAAUAAGGUAGAAGAUAUAGGGGAAGAAAAAGAGAUGUAUGUGAGGGAUGAUCAGCAGUGUAAGGAGGAGGAAAUCCCUACAGAUAUCAGCACAGCAGAUGGAGGUAACAGCAGCAAUAUUUCAAAAGAACAUCUCAUUUUAACUCCAGACUAUAAAAUAGAUGACGUCACAGAGGAUUCUCCAGAAGAAACUCCUAUUACCUCAAUUACACAUCCAGUACAUCACAGUGCAGAUACGUCAUCUGAUUCCUCCAACCAUGAAAAAUGUUCUUCUGGUAACUCGGAUCCUGCUACACAUAGUACAGCUUUUAGUGUUUCCACGAUCUCUCCGGCUUCUAUAGAUGGCAAAUGCUUUACACUGGACACACAGCUUAUUACCCAUCAGCCAGCCAAGGCUGAUGUGAAGUCAUUUCCAUGUUCUGAGUGUGUGAAAUGUUUUUCAUAUAAAUCACAUCUUGUUAAACAUCAGAGAAGUCACACAGGUGAGAAACCAUUUUCAUGUUCUGAGUGUGGGAAAUGUUUUACAGAGAAAUCAGCUCUUGUUAUACAUAAGAGAAAUCACACCGGGGAGAAACCAUUUCCAUGUUCUAAGUGUGGGAAAUGUUUUAUAAAUAAAGCAACUCUAAUUAGACAUGAAAAAGAACACACAGGUAAAAAGCCAUUUCCAUGUUCUGAAUGUGACAAAUGUUUUAGUGAUAAAUCAACUCUUGAUAUACAUAAGAGACUUCAUACAGGUGAGAGGCCAUUUCCAUGCUCUGAGUGUGGGAAAUGUUUUAUACGGAAAGCAUAUCUGGUUAAACACAUGAGAACUCACACAGGUGAGAAGCCAUUUCCAUGUUCUGAGUGUGGGAAAUGUUUUAUAGAUAAAUCAACUCUUAAUGUACAUCAGAGACGUCACGCAGGUAAGAGGCCAUUUCCAUGCUCUGAGUGUGGAAAAUGUUUUACACUGAAAGCGUGUCUUGAAACACACAUGAGAAAUCACACAGGUGAUAAGCCAUUUCCAUGCCCUGACUGUGGGAAAUGUUUUGCAGAGAAAUCAACUCUUGUUAUACACCAGAGAUCUCACACAGGGGAGAAACCAUUUCCAUGUUCUGAGUGUGGGAAAUGUUUUAGAGAUAAAUCAACACUUCUUAGACAUGAAAAACGUCACACAGGUGAAAAGCCAUUUCCAUGUUCUGAGUGUGGAAAAUGUUUUAGAGAUAAAUCAUCACUUCUUAGACAUGGAAAACGUCACAAGAGGUGAAAAGCCAUUUCCAUGUUCUGAGUGUGGCAAAUGUUUUAUAGAUAAGUCAACUCUUAAUGUACAUCAGAGACGUCACGCAGGUGAGAGGCCAUUUCCAUGCUCUGAGUGUGGAAAAUGUUUUACACUGAAAGUGUGUCUUGAAACACACAUGAGAAAUCACACAGGUGAUAAGCCAUUUCCAUGCCCUGACUGUGGGAAAUGUUUUGCAGAGAAAUCAACUCUUGUUAUACACCAGAGAUCUCACACAGGGGAGAAACCAUUUCCAUGUUCUGAGUGUGGGAAAUGUUUUAGAGAUAAAUCAUCACUCCUUAGACAUGAAAAACAUCACACAGGUGAAAAGCCAUUUCCAUGUUCUGAGUGUGGCAAAUGUUUUAAAGAUAAAUCAACUCUUGUUCUACAUGAGAGAAGGCACAGGUGAGAAACCGUUUCCAUGCUCUUGAGUGUGGGAAAUGUUUUACUCGUAAAUCAUAUGUUGUUAUACAUCAGAGAAAUCACACAGACGAAACGCCAUUUCCAUGUUCUGAUUGAGGGAAAUGAUUGAAGUCGCUUCUUGUUAGCCGAUAAAUGAUUCAUGCAAAUUUACACAGUUGAAACUUUGUAGGUUAAAAGUAAUUUCUUUGUAGAACAAAUCUCGUUCCUAAAACGGGAUCUUCAUUGAGCUCUCCACAUUUGUUUAUUUUGGUUUUAUAAAUAAAUGAUUGAGCAUGA